AGGAUUAUGGCGACUGCUACGACAUUGACGCGGAUGCCCAGUAUCAGAGACAGGGUCGAAGACACUCUUUCCGCUCACCGCAAUGAACUCGUCUCCCUCCUCUCCAGGUACGUGGCCCAGGGAAAGGGGAUACUGCAACCCCAUCAUCUGCUGGACGAGCUUGAUAGCAUCAUCGGCGUCGGCGAGGCCAACCAAACUCUGUAUGAUGGUCCCUUUAGCGAAGUUCUAAGGUCUGCUCAGGAGGCCAUUGUUCUGCCUCCAUUCGUGGCGAUAGCAGUUCGUCCAAGGCCCGGUGUCUGGGAGUAUGUGCGAGUGAACGUGUACGAGCUAAGGGUGGAGCAGCUGACUGUCUCUGAAUAUCUUCGUUUCAAAGAAGAACUUGUGCAGGAAGAGAUAAAUGACAAUUACGUGCUUGAGCUUGAUUUUGAGCCUUUCAACGCCACAUUUCCUCGCCUAAACCAGUCAUCAUCCAUCGGUAGCGGCGUCCAGUUCCUCAACCGACACCUCUCCUCAAUCAUGUUCCGCACCAGAGACAGUUUGCAGCCCUUACUUGAUUUUCUCCGAGCCCAUAAACACAAGGGGCAUGUGAUGAUGCUGAACGAACGAAUAGAUAGCAUUCUCACACUUCAGUCUGCAUUGUCUAAGGCAGAGGAUUAUCUUUCUAAACGACCACAAGACACACCCUAUUCCGAAUUUGCACACUACCUGCAAGGGCUGGGUUUCGAAAGGGGUUGGGGUGACACUGCAGUACGGACUUUGAAUAUGAUGCAUCUCCUCUUGGACAUCCUCCAAGCUCCAGAUCCCUCUGCUCUGGAGACAUUUCUCGGUAGAAUACCCAUGGUGUUUAAUGUUGUCAUUUUGUCUGUACAUGGAUACUUCGGCCAAACAAAUGUUUUAGGCUUGCCUGACACUGGUGGACAGAUUGUGUACAUACUGGACCAAGUGCGUGCCCUGGAGAAUGAAAUGCUUCUGAGAAUAAACCAGCAAGGACUGAAUGUUACGCCUAGAAUUCUUAUUGUGACACGGUUGAUACCUGAUGCAAAGGGAACUUCAUGCAACCAGAGGCUCGAAAGAGUAAGUGGAACCGAGCACACACACAUUCUUCGAGUCCCUUUUAGAACAGAGAAAGGCAUUCUCCAUAAAUGGAUCUCAAGGUUUGACGUAUGGCCUUAUCUGGAGACCUUCACAGAGGAUGUUUCUAGCGAAAUAGUUGCCGAGUUGCAGAGUGUUCCAGAUCUGAUUAUUGGGAACUACAGUGACGGGAAUCUUGUUUCAUCUCUGUUAGCUCAUAAGAUGGGAGUAACACAGUGCACCAUUGCUCAUGCGCUGGAGAAAACCAAGUACCCUGAUUCCGACAUAUUUUGGAAAAGCUUCGAGGAUAAGUACCAUUUCUCAUGUCAAUUUACAGCUGACCUGAUAGCCAUGAAUGGGUCUGAUUUUAUCAUCACCAGCACAUACCAAGAGAUUGCAGGAACAAAGAAUACUGUUGGCCAGUAUGAGAGCCACAAAGCUUUCACCCUUCCAGGACUGUACCGAGUGGUCCAUGGCAUCGAUGUUUUCGAUCCAAAGUUCAACAUCGUCUCUCCUGGGGCAGAUACGUGCAUUUAUUUCCCAUACUCGGAGAAGGAAAAGAGGCUCACAUCUCUACAUGAUUCAAUCGCGAAGUUGUUGUAUGAUCCAGAGCAGAACGACGAACACAUUGGAACACUGAGUGACCCAUCAAAGCCCAUACUGUUCUCCAUGGCAAGGCUCGACCAUGUAAAGAACAUCACAGGGCUGGUAGAGUGCUACGCUAAAAGCAUGGUGCUAAGGGAACUCACAAACCUUGUCGUGGUAGCCGGUUACAAUGAUGUGAAGAAGACUAGUGACAAAGAAGAGAUCGUAGAAAUCGAAAAGAUGCAUGAACUCAUCAAGAACUACAACUUGGACGGGCACUUCAGAUGGAUAUCAGCCCAAACAAAUCGAGUUCGUAAUGGUGAGCUCUAUCGCUACAUCGCCGACAGGAGAGGCGCUUUUGUGCAGCCAGCAUUUUACGAAGCCUUUGGGCUCACAGUGGUGGAGGCCAUGACUUGCGGCCUUCCAUCGUUUGCUACUUGCCAUGGUGGCCCUGCAGAGAUCAUUGAGGAUGGGGUAUCUGGAUUCCACAUCGACCCAUAUCACCCAGAUAAGGUGGCCACACUUUUAUCAGAUUUCUUCCUAAGAUGCAAGGAGGAUCCCAGCUACUGGGAAGAAAUCUCUAAAGCCGGGCUUAAACGGAUCCAUGAAAGGUACACAUGGAAGAUUUACUCGGAAAGGCUGAUGACAUUGGCCGGGGUUUAUGGUUUCUGGAAGUAUGUUUCGAAGCUGGAGAGGCGUGAAACCCAUCGGUAUCUAGAGAUGUUCUACGUUCUCAAGUACCGUGAUCUGGUAAAAUCUGUGCCUCUGGCAAGCGAUGAGGAUGAAAGAUAG